UCCCCCCGUCGGGAUGCUCCUGGAAGAUCCUCCCCCCCCGCGACCCCCGCCCCAUAGGGGGACGUAGUGCUGACCCUUGAGCUGUGGCCUCCAGCAAUCCCCUCACUGCGCUUCCGACUAUGGACACUAAAGAGAAGAAAGAGCGUCGGCCCGGCUAUUUCGCUCGGUUGAAGAAGAAAAGGCAGACGAGGCAGACGGCUGAAGUGGCGUCGGCCGGCAGGACUCCGCCCGCCAAGGGCGACGCCGGCCCCGACGGCGCCCAGUGUGACAACCGCGGCGGCCCGAUGGCCGAGGAGCCCGGCCUCACUGACGAGGACGGGAAGAAGAGGAAGAACAGCCAGCUCAAAGACAGCCGCCGGACGGAGCUCAAGAGAUACUACAACACCGAUGACAAUCAGAACAAAACCACUGAAAAGAAGGAGAAAAAGAUGGUGGUUCGGAAGCCCCACGGCUCCAUCGAAUACACUGCUGGGAGCCAGGACACAUUAAACACCAUUGCCCUGAAGUUUAACAUCACUCCAAACAAGCUCGUGGAACUGAACAAGCUGUUCACACACACGAUCGUCCCCGGCCAGGUCCUCUUUGUGCCAGAUUCCGACAUCCCUUCCGGCAUGCAGCGAUUAACCUCGUCGAGUCCCGGCACGACCGUUUCCCCUUUGUCAUCUGACGCGGAGUACGACAAACUCCCGGAUGCUGACUUGGCAAGGAAGGCUCUAAAGCCUGUGGAAAGAGUUCUGUCAUCCACUUCUGAGGACGACGAGCCUGUGGUUGUGAAAUUCCUCAAAAUGAACUGUCGCUACUUCACGGACGGUAAGGGCGUCGUCGGAGGGGUCAUGAUCGUCACCCCCAACAACAUCAUGUUUGACCCUCACAAGUCCGACCCCGUGGUCAUUGAGAACGGCUGCGAGGAGUACGGGCUCAUCUGCCCCAUGGAAGAGGUGGUCUCCGUGGCCCUGUACAACGACAUCUCCCACAUGGAGAUCAAGGAUGCCCUGCCAUCUGACCCACCACAGGAUCUUUGUCCUCUGUACAGGCCGGGAGAGUGGGCGGACCUGGCCUCGGAGCGGGACAUCAACCCAUUCAGCAAGUUCAAAACCCUCGGCAAGGAGAAGCGGCGUCCGGGCGAGGGGCAGGAGCCGGGGGAACGCCCCGACCCCAGGACCGCGGCACCCCAGGCCGGAGCGGGCCCCGGACGGCUGCCUCGCCGGGCCGAGGAUCCUUCUCUGGGCACGGAGGCCCAACCCUCCGGGACCAAAGACCACGACCUCGCGGGCCGAGACGACGAUUUUGUCGAACUGGAAGAGUUCUUCUCACCCGUGGGCGGAGACGGCAACGCGGAGCUUAAGGAGGCCCUGGACGUAGACGCGCACGAGAAGGAAGGCGGGAGGCCGGGGGAGCCACCGGCGGAAACGGACCAGGCGGCAGCCCUGCUGGACAUCCACGAGGGCCUGGACAAAGUUCAGCUGAUUGAAUUUUACCUCAGCAAAAAUCGGGAAGGAGCGGGGACGCCCAGGCCCGAGCUGGAGGCCGCCGCUUCUGGCCUCAGCCGAGAGCUUGAAGAAGGCGCCAUCCUCCCGGGCAGCCCUCACCCUCAUCCUCCCUGCCCCUUGGGUCCCGGGGAGCCGGGUGGGCCCGACGCCACCCACCCCCGAGAAAGGGAGUCGCCCCCGCCGGACGGGGACUCCUCUACCGCCGAAGAGAAGGACUCCUCGUUGCCGUCUUCUCCAGACCCCAGCUGCCAGGAGAGGCAGGUGGACAGUCAGUCGGAAAUCCAGUUAUGGCUGCUAAAAAGAAUUCAGGGACCCAUAGAAGAUAUGCUCCCGUCGAAGGAGGAGAAAAGCAAGACGCCCCCGAUGUUUCUGUGCAUCAAGGUGGGAAAGCCCAUGAGAAAAUCCUUCUCUACCCAGAGCACGACCAUGGGGCAGCAGUACGGCCACAGGAAGAAGCAGCCGGAAUACUGGUUUGCUGUUCCUCGGGAACGGGUCGACCACUUGUACACGUUCUUUGUCCAGUGGUCUCCCGAGGUCUAUGGGAAAGAUGCCAAAGAGCAAGGGUUUGUGGUGGUGGAGAAGGAAGAGCUGACCAUGAUCGACAACUUCUUCAGCGAACCCACCACCAAGAGCUGGGAGAUCAUCACCGUAGAAGAGGCAAAGCGCCGCAAGAGCACAUGCAGUUACUACGAGGAGGAUGAGGACCCUGACGCUCUCCCCAUCUUAAAGCAGCACAGCGCUCUCCUGGAGAACAUGCAGAUCGAGCAGCUGGCCAACCGCCUUCCCGCGAGGGUGCAGGGUUACCCGUGGCGACUGGCCUACAGCACUUUGGAGCACGGGACCAGCCUGAAAACACUGUAUCGGAAAUCGGCCUCUCUGGACAGCCCCGUCCUCCUGGUCAUCAAAGACAUGGACAACCAGGUGUUCGGGGCCUACGCCACGCACCCGUUCAAGUUCAGCGACCACUACUACGGCACCGGCGAGACGUUCCUCUACACCUUCAGCCCGAAUUUCAAGGUGUUUAAAUGGAGUGGAGAAAACUCUUACUUCAUCAAUGGAGAUCUAAGUUCCUUAGAGCUCGGUGGUGGAGGGGGACGCUUCGGUUUGUGGCUGGACGCUGAUUUGUACCACGGGCGGAGCAACUCUUGCAGCACUUUCAAUAACGACGUCCUCUCCAAGAAGGAGGACUUCAUCGUUCAGGACCUCGAAGUGUGGACAUUCGAGUGACCUUCAGACGGCCUUAAAAACCAAGGGACCCGGGGCGACCAGCCCCUCGAGACCGGCCGGGACGUCAUUCCCCGCGCUGCCUCUCCCUUCGAGCUUUCCGAAACGGUCCCAAGCAUGAUUCCAAAGUGGGAAGAGCCCGGAAGGCCCACCUGGGAGAGACCAAAAACAGGGUGACGGCUUGUGAGUUUUUCUUCCCACGCCCCUCCGCUCCUCCUUUACCGGGAUGGCAGAUUCAUGGACAGCUCUCGGGAUGAAUGGGCCCCUCACGGUUUUAGGGGGUUCUUUUUUAGGUAACUGUGAAGACGAUACUGUGGAAUAACGACUAUUCCAUUCUCGGUGUAUUUAAAUCAAACAACUGGCAUUGUCAAAGCCCGCAGCCCGCGCUAGUUUGCCGUGGAAAGGUUAUUCUUAUUUAGAAAAAAAAAAAAUCCACAUUCCCGGCACUGGAUGGGGUAGUGAGUUUAUUUAAGAAACCUUUUUUAUUUAUUUCUAGAACUUGUCUGAAUAUAUUUUUUUUCUUUUAAUGUCUCAAAUCCUGGCAUUGAAGAGAUGGGUGGUAUUGUUUUGACAGCAAGCCCCUGUGAUUUGUAUAGUUUUGUACUUUUUUUUUUGUUUAUUUUGCAGAGAAAAUUUUAUUUUGUAUUUUUUUUUUGCCCUAAGUCUUUUAGGGGAGUGCAUAAUUCUGAAUCCUUUUUCAAUCGAUGUGCCAUCAGCCCACCAUCCUUAGUUUUUUGUCAUUCCAGCAAACAGAGCAAAACAUUCCAGCUCUUACGUAGAAAAAUCCGGGGAAAACAGUGCCAGCUAUUUCUCGGAGUUAGGUGGGAAGGCCGGAAGGUGACUUGGUUUUGAGAGCCUGCCGUAGAAACGAGUGGAAAAGAGAGACAUUUAGGGAGAAAAAUCUCAUAUUGAUAAGAAAGUUAUCAGUCCGUGUAGGGCUCUGUGGGUCAGUCACAAACGGUCAAUUUUUAAAGGGAUUUAUAUGUGAUUCUCCAGUCCUUAGGCCAACAGUGGAACAUUCUGCUUUAAGACAGCAGAAGGAUCGUUUUCUUCUUUUCUUUCUUUCUUAUUUUUCAUUUUGCUGGGCAGGAGGAGUUCCUCCUUUUCGUUUUAUUUUUCUUUCACCUGCCAUCGUUGUUCCGAGACCUGUUUCUCUUGCCAAAGGCAGCGCUGGAUGUCCGAAUGUCAGGAAAACAUUGAAUGUAAGCCGACAUUGUAGGGGGAGAGGGCGACCGUUUCCCCCUCGGGGAUACACCAUGGUUGCAAACUCUCUAGUUCCGUAUAGAAAAACAGUCGUUCAGUGACUCCCACGGUCAACGCUAAAGGCUGUGUCAGUGGCAGUUUCAAACUCGGAGCUGCAGAGCGAGCGCGGCCUGGUGUAGCUCGGAUCCACUUGUCUUGAAAAAAAAAUUGGUUUUGGAAGUGGUGGCAGUACGAUGCGCCCUUCCGUGAUGUUAAAAGCGUGACAUGAUCUAUCAGUGGGAGAGUUGGGGGGCGGGAAGGGGUACAGCAUCCAGUCCCCUCGGGAUUCUCGUUUCCUCUGUGCCCUGACAGGUGGGAAGAGGCACCGAACAGCUUCCCGUCACCCCCGUCAGAUCAACAAAUCCUUCACGCCUCACGUUCGUUCUGGGCGGCUGAAAGCUACCCCCAAAUUAUCGUGUUUCCCUGGCCUCCUUUUGUUUAAGAGCAUCAUUCCUGAGGCUCUUGACAGACCACUGGGUGAAGCCCCCCUGAGAGCAAAGGGCGGGGGGACGAAUGUAUUGUAUGAACAGGAACCAGGAAUCCCGUUCACCGUCAUCACUCUCUAGCAGCAAGCGGCACUUUGGCAUUUCGCGCUCGACCUCUCCAGCGUCACUCUCGUUCUCGCCGGGUCCUUCCAUGCUAACCAACCCACGUGUCCGAGCCUAUUCGAAUGCUGUGUCCCCUAUUUAAAGCAGUAUUGUUCUAGCGAGACUCUGUGACCCCCCCCCCCAACCUUCAGCUCUUGAAUAUAUGUAACGCAGCGCUCUCACAAUAUUUUCAAUAAAGGAAUUUAUGCAUUCGACGGGGA